GCAGUGUCGUGAGCGGCGGAGCGCAGUGUCAGCAGGUAACGCUGCGUAGCCCGGCCUGCGGCGGGCGGGGCCGCGGCCGUGCCUUUGUCCUACUCUCUGCUGUGGUGUUCUUUGCGGCGUGGAUUUCUGACUGGGUUGGGCAACGCAGCUGCAGAGUUCUUAAGCAAGUUUUGCAAAACCUAUUGCUAUGAGAAGACUGGUGUUGUCUGAUCUCGUUUAAAUAAGGAUCAAACCACAGAACGAGUAAUGAUCUCUCUGGGAACUGAGAUUCCACGAACAGUACCAUUAAGAUUUUUUCAGGACUUCAGAAGUGGUUGUGCAUGCAAUAUCAAGAUGUCUAAAAAAAUCCAUGGAGGGUCUGUUGUGGAGAUGCAAGGAGAUGAAAUGACACGGGUCAUCUGGGAAUUAAUUAAAGAAAAGCUGAUUUUUCCUUAUGUAGAUCUGGAUUUGCACAGCUAUGACUUGGGCAUUGAGCAUCGUGAUGCUACAAAUGAUAAAGUGACUGUGGAAGCUGCUGAAGCCAUAAAGAAAUAUCACGUUGGCAUCAAGUGUGCCACCAUCACUCCCGAUGAGAAGAGAGUAGAAGAGUUCAAGUUGAAGCAGAUGUGGAAGUCUCCUAAUGGGACCAUUAGGAACAUCCUAGGUGGAACAGUCUUCAGGGAGGCUAUUAUCUGCAAGAACAUCCCCCGAUUGGUGUCUGGAUGGGUGAAACCCAUUGUCAUUGGCCGUCAUGCUUACGGGGAUCAAUACAGAGCAACCGAUUUUGUGGUACCUGGGCCUGGAAAAGUAGAGAUGACAUACACUCCAGGAGAUGGAGGCAAACCAGUCACCUAUCUGGUCCAUAACUUUGAAAGCUGUGGAGGUGUAGCCAUGGGAAUGUAUAAUCUUGACCAGUCUAUCAAGGAUUUUGCCCAUAGUUCCUUCCAAAUGGCGCUGUCUAAAGGCUGGCCCCUCUACAUGAGCACCAAGAAUACCAUCCUGAAGAGAUAUGAUGGCCGCUUUAAAGACAUCUUCCAAGAGAUCUACGACAGAGAAUACAAGUCCCAGUUUGAAGCCAAGAAGAUCUGGUAUGAACAUAGGCUCAUUGAUGACAUGGUUGCUCAGGCCCUGAAAUCUGAAGGAGGCUUUGUCUGGGCCUGCAAGAACUAUGAUGGGGAUGUGCAGUCUGACUCUGUUGCACAAGGUUAUGGCUCUCUGGGCAUGAUGACCAGCGUGCUGAUCUGCCCUGAUGGCAAGACUGUUGAAGCAGAAGCUGCACAUGGCACGGUUACUCGUCACUACCGCAUGCACCAGAAAGGCCAAGAAACCUCCACGAACCCCAUUGCCUCCAUCUUUGCAUGGACAAGAGGAUUAGCUCACAGAGCUAAAUUGGACAACAACACUAGCCUCAAGACCUUUGCAACUGCCCUGGAAGAAGUGUGCAUUGAGACCAUUGAAUCAGGUUUCAUGACAAAGGACCUUGCUGCUUGUAUCAAAGGCCUGCCUAAUGUCACACGUUCUGACUACCUGAACACCUUUGAAUUCAUGGACAAGCUUGCUGCAAACCUGAAGGGGAAGCUGGCCUCUCUGCCCAAACUUUAAGGCUUGGGUUCUACUUGAGAUCUGCUAAGAAAUUCCCACUUAAACUGCAGUCCAUGUCACACUACAUCACUGUUGUGUAACAUUUCAAAUACUAGACAAAAAUGAACAUAUACAUUUUUAAAAUGUUUAAAAUACACUUUUUUCUUAAAUCUCUUGAGCUGCCAGGCCAAGUCUUACUUUGCUAAGCAGCUGAAUGUAAUAGUAUUCAAGCUCACUGUGGGCCUAGAUUCCUUAUGUCAUUCUGAGCAAACUUGAGGUUCUCUUACGACUUUAUUAUGAUUUUCUUCUUCUCUAACUGAAAGCCAGUCUGUGUCACACCUCUGGUCAAACCAGCAGUGACUUGCUGGCCAACAGACCUGAGAAAUCAGAAACGUCCUUAUUGGUCCAGUACUGUCUACUGAGUAUAAGUGAGCUCACAGGAUUGUGACAGCUCUACCGCAGCCAAUUUCUUCAUGUACUUUUUAGUGCCAGAUACAGCACUUAGAAAAUGCUGGAAACAAACCCUAUAGGCUAAAAGCCUAAUAAAACUGCAGCAGUAUCCUAAAUGCAGGCUGUGCAUUUAGAUAUAUUCCUCCUGACUGGAUGUGAAUCAUAGGAACUGUUCUGUCUUCCCCCUCCUGUGCAAUUCAUUAAGGUGCAGAAUGUUUCUCCAGUUGUCUGAGGUAUCACAUACACUUACUGUGAUACAGCAAGUCAGCUUAUGACUGUGAAGAACUAUUCCAUCCUUUUUGUUGGUUGUUUUUUUUUUAAAGAACAGUUUAGUUCAGACUAAAAUAAAAGCCAACUAACAUUU